AAAGUGGCAAAUUUCUCAAGGACAACCUAGUUUUUGAUAUAAAAAGGUUUGGGUUUUUUGCCAACAAAUUCUUUCGAGUAGAAAAUGAUGUUGCACGUUUAGCUACUUCCGAAGGUGUUAGCAAUGUUGCAUCUGGUGUAUUUGGGAAUACAACUAUAAAACAAACAAUUAUAUAA